AGCAACCAAACGGAUUGUGGAAUCUUUUAAUUCUUAAAAUUAAUUGCUUGUAGUUUGUUUGUUUUAAUUCAUUAUUGUUUGUUAAUAGUAUUCUAUAUUUGAUUAUGCUGAUAUUUUUUUUGAACUGCAAACAUUACAUUGUCCUGUGACAUGGCUUUUUGUUUGUCUUUCUGGCUGAGAAGUGUUAAAUCUGUUCAUUUGUCAGUGAUAGUGUUUUUUUUUUUUUUUUUUUUUUAUGUGGAAUUGUCAUGCCCUUUACUCUUAACCGGAUAUUUGUAUUUUUAGUGAAUUCAGUUGAUUGAUCGAUUACUUUACAAGUUUUGCACUUGUAUUUUUUUUGUUAGUGUUUGAUAACCAUACACCUCCACUGAUUCCUUACUUUACAAGUUCUGCAUUUGAAAAUUUUCAGCACUAUGUUCACUGAAAAUGGAAAUUUCAGGAUGUUGCUUUAGUUGUAUCUUUUAUUUUCUAUCUGUGAGACCAACAGUAAACUCCACUCUUUAGAUUCAGUUGAGCGACAAGGAAUUUAUAUAGCUUAAUAUUCUGCCUCAUUGGAUUUUAAUUCUAAGUAAAUAAAGCAUGGAGUUGAACUUGCUUGGGAUGCCUCUUGAGGAAUUUUAGUGCUAUUUGGAAGACAUAAGAACUGUUUUAUGCUUAUCUAAUCCAGUGUCAGUUUCAAAACAACUUUGGUUACUGUUAUAGUUAACAUAGAUAUGAAUUUGAUAGGCAGGAAAAAUAGAUUUGUUGCAUUGCAACAAAGAAUUUGUAUAACUUAAUUGUCGGCGUUACUGUAUUUUGAUAAUAAGUAAAUAGAGCAUGGGGUUUAAGUAACUUGCUUGGAAUGCCUCUUGAGGAUUUUUAGUGCCAUUGGAACACAUAAGAAAUAUAAGAUUUCUAACUCCUAUUUAUUGUUGUGUAUACUGGUAGAAAUUUUAUACUUAUCGAGUUAUCGAGUGGUUGGUUACUAUUAAAUUUAACAUAGAUAUGAAUUUGAUAAGCAGGAAAAAUAGGUGAUUAAGAGAUAUCAAACUGAAAUUAACAUGUGAAGUGUUUGUAAGAAGGAUCAGAACCAUUUUAUAAAAGAUGUUGCAAGUUUAAUGAACUGAACAGCUGAUGGGCUUCUCAUAGUUCUAUUAUUUCCUCUUCUUGUGCUUGAUAGAUUAAGAGAAUGAGGGCAAAAUUUGGUGACUGUGGCAUCUACUAAUCUUAGUUAAGUAGAUGGUUAAGUUUACAACAAAAGUUCACUAACAAGAAUAUAAGGGAAUGAAGACAUCGUGUCGGUAAAUGAUAUUGGUGAUUGCCCUGCAGAUUGCCACAAUCUAAUUGCAUGCCCAAACUGUAAGAAAUGAUUAAGGGAUUCUUUUCUCUCAUUUCAGUAAUCUUCCUUAGUUAAAAGGAUAAAGGUGGUAUUCUGUACAGGGAUUUCCUAUGCAGGUGUUCAGAAGGCUAAGGGACCUUAAUAAACCAAGUAGAAAUAGGUGGUUUAUACAUGUUGGUUUGUGAUGCAGGGAUAUACUUAAAAAAAAAGGUUUGUUUCAUACUUAAAAAAGUGUGUUUCAGACAGUUUAAAUGUUGGUACUGUAUUCAUCUAAAGGUAUAAAAUUCUUGAAAAGAUGAUCCAGAUUUCCACCAUGGACAUGCCUUCCUAUGCCCAACAUUUGGCUAUUGUGUUUCCAUCCUUUUUUUCAUCUUUCCCUUCCCUCUGCAACCUCUAAAUUGUCACAAACUCAUUAUAUCCAAAACAUGUGUUAGUGGAUGCAAGAAGUGUGUGCAGGGUUUUGCAUUUUGGACCAAUGGUCAAAUGCAGGCACCAGAAAUAGGUAUUAUGACUUGUCUUAUUCAAAUUUUCCAAGUAAAAUGAGCAAUAUAUUCAAGUGGCUGAAAUGGGGGUUCCAUUGCUUCAUGUUGGGCAUACUUUCAUAGGUGAUAUUCCUUUCUGUCAUCAGGAACCCAGCAAAACUGGAACCGUGUUAGUUGAGAUAAUGUACACAAGUUUUCUGGGUAGGGGGCUUCUUUGUCUGGAAACCAUGAACUCAGUAUUUGACUGAGUAAAGGAUAUCCAUUUUGUAAAUAGGCCCCAUAGGGAUGAAUUCUCCAGGUAAUAUGAAACCUAAUAUCAGUUAACAAGUGGAAACUGAUCAAGGGUCAAGGAAGUGGAAUAUCCUGAUUGAAGAGAAGAAAUCCUGGAAACCAGAUGACAUAAUGAAAUUUAGUUUUUGGUAAGUUCAGUUCUGAAGAAGAUUUGGUCCAGAAGCGCUGAUUGAGGUAGGCUUGUCCAUGAUGGACAGUCAACACAUACAUUUCUGCAAUCUCAUGCACAUUUCCCUUGUAUUUUUUACUGCUACCUAGAACACAUUUGAUGUUGUGAUCUAUUGCUUUUACCAUAGGUUGGGCGUCAAUUCGUGGUGUCCAGUUUAGAUGGAUUUGAUUUCGGACUUCAAGGAGUCGAGUGAUCAUGCAAUGCUAUUGGUUACUAUCCCACUGCUGGAGGCUCGGGAGGUCCUCAAUGCUGCAUUAUAAUUAUUAUAGGGGAUUCUUAUAGAUCUACUUGUUUUGAUGAAUCCUUCUCAUAGUGCUGAGUGGAGCUGUUCAACCUUUCUUGGAUUGUGUUCAUGCUGAUUUCAAUUGGUUUGCAGCUAGAAGAAAGCAACAGUGUCAUGCCGUGUUUGCCUGGUUUGAUCGGGUGUUAGGUUUUAGAAUGUUGCUAAAUAUAUUCCUAUAUGCAGGUGCCUUUGGUUUAUUGUCAGCUUCUAGAUAGUCACAACUUUUGUCUGAAGAUACUAUGACAGAAAUGAUGGCCAAUCAUUCUGCCUCUCAACAUUUUGAGCUGAAAAACCUGAAAGAAAUGAUUUUCAAUGAGAAUGAAAGAGACGUUGUUAAGUCAUGUGCUCAGCAUUCCAAUGGAGAGUGUAUGGAGAUCAAAGAGCCAACUGAUCAUGUAGAGAUCACAGAAAAGGAAUUGCUAGAGAAAGGCUAUAUGCAGUACGGAUGUCCACAUUAUCGGAGAAGGUGCCGCAUUAGAGCUCCAUGUUGCAAUGAGAUUUUUGAUUGUCGCCAUUGUCAUAAUGAAGCAAAGAAUAGUAUUAAGGUUGACAAGGCACAGAGACAUGACAUUCCACGGCACCAAGUCCAGCAGGUGAUAUGUUCACUCUGUAACACUGAACAAGAGGUUCGUCAAGUUUGUAUUAACUGUGGUGUAUGUAUGGGGAAAUACUUCUGUGAGACCUGCAAACUAUUCGAUGAUGAUACAUCUAAGAAACAGUAUCAUUGCAAUGGGUGUGGAAUUUGCAGAAUUGGAGGGCGAGAGAACUUCUUCCACUGUUACAAAUGCCGUUGCUGCUACUCUGUUCUGCUAAAGAACAGCCAUCCUUGUGUGGAAGGAGCAAUGCAUCAUGACUGCCCUGUUUGCUUUGAGUAUUUAUUCGAGUCAACAGAUGAUGUGACUGUUAUGCCAUGUGGACAUACGAUUCACCAAAACUGUUUGAAGGAGAUGAGGGAACAUUUACAAUAUGCGUGCCCUCUCUGCUCCAAGUCUGUUUGUGAUAUGUCCAAGGUUUGGGAAAAAUUUGACAUGGAGAUUGCAGCUAUACCAAUGCCAGAACCUUAUCAGAACAAAAUGGUUUGGAUCCUUUGCAACGAUUGUGGAAAAACCUCGAAAGUGCAUUUCCAUGUCCUGGCUCAGAAAUGCCUAAAUUGCAAGUCAUACAACACUCGCCAAACCAGAGGCUGAGAUAGUGGCAACAACCCUCAACCGGAGAUCACAAUGAUGACCCACACUCAGUUUAAAUGCGUCACGAUCUGGAUUUUGAGAACCUUUUUCAACCAUUAGAUUCACAGGUCGUGAAUUACUGGAGACAAGGACUCAUGGGUCCCGCGCAACUUGCUCUGUCGAGCCAUUCUCAGGGCUAUUCCGCCUUGAAUAGUCUUAAGCUUUCGCUUUCUUCUCCAUUUCAUGUCCUUUUCUUGUAUUCUGUUUUCUUAUGUUGAAUAUUGAAUGCACUCCCACCGCCCUUGGUUUUGUUGUAGAUAAAGGAGUUAGGUUGUUUUUUCCCUUGAAUCCUAGUGGCGUGGUGUACUUUGAUCAUAUCACAUACUAGUAUAUUAUUACCAUUUGGGAACAAAA